AAUAUCAAUAAGUUAACCUUGAAGAUUAAGGAAACAAACGAUUUCGAUUUAUAAAAGAAGUGGACAAGAUUCUAUAUGAUUCUUAAGCAAGAAUUUUCAGAGGAAGCAUCAAAAAUUUCGGAUAUUUCAAAAGGAAUGAAGCAUGUAGACAACGAGGCAUUAAUCAAGAUGACAAAUCAGAGAAUAAAGACAGAACUUCGGUCAUGUACAGCGUGUGGUGAUCCUAUAGCCGACAGAUAUUUACUAGAAGUUGGAGGUUGCACAUGGCAUGGAUCUUGC